CAAGCCAAUGCACCCCUAAAUGCUGGUCCCAGCGCCGUUCCGGGAGAAACAUCGGCUUCGUCGGCCGGUCAAAAACAGCCUGAAGACACAGCUACUGUUGCUGCAGAGACCGCCACCAGCCAACCUGCUCCUGUAUCUGUAGCACUUUCCAACACAGCGCCAGCCUUGUCGGCCACAGACACUGCUCCCGGCACCGAAGCUACUAGCACGAAUCCCGGAAUUUCAAUCCCUUCGGUGUCCAUCCCUGCUGUCUCUGUUCCAUCAUCUAGUGCCGGAGGAAGCACGGGCACAACAGUCUCGGCUAGUGCUCCCCAGAGCUCCGUCUCCGACAGCCCUAGUGGAACAUCUGCCAAGCAGUCUGCGACGGUCUCGGCAAAUCUUGGGUCAAUUGCAAAUCUUUUGGGACAACUGCUCAGCUUCUUGACGAGUAGCUCAUUUGAAAACUUCCUCCCCAAUUUUAUCAACAGUUUCGAUUACUUUGCCACUGGCCUCGCUCCUCCAGUUGAUACAGAUAUCAGGACGCUAGUUGGCAACGCCAAUACACUGCUGUCUACAUCUUUCGUCAACAAGGUCGAGACGCUGAUUGAUAAUGCAAAUGAUCUCCUUACGACACAGAAUACCAAGUCAAUCUUGUCCCUAAUUGACAACGCCAACAACCUUCUGACUGCUCAGAACACCAAGGAGAUUGUUACCCUCAUUGGCAACGCCAAUAAUCUUCUCACUUCUGACUUUGUUAACAAGACCAGCAAUCUGAUUGACGAGGCCAGUCCCUUGAUUAACAACGCCGGCCCAGUUCUAUCCGAGGCCAAGGGACUACUCACCAGUGAUAAUGUCAAGGAGAUCGAGAGCUUAUUGGCUAAUGCUAACAGCUUAUUGACACCUUCGUUUGUCAAGACCACCAGUGGUCUCAUCAACCAAGCCGGUCCUCUUGUAUCAGAAGCAAGCGCUCUACUCACCAGUGAUAAUGUCAAGGAGAUCGAGAGCUUGUUGAGCAAUGCCAACAGCUUGUUGACGCCCUCGUUUGUCAAGACUACCAGUGGUCUUAUCAACCAAGCCGGUCCUCUGGUAUCAGAAGCAAGCGCUCUACUCACCAGUGAUAAUGUCAAGGAAAUUGAGAGCUUGUUGAGCAAUGCCAACAGCUUGUUGACGCCCUCGUUUGUCAAGACUACCAGUGGUCUCAUCAACCAAGCCGGUCCUCUUGUAUCAGAAGCAAGCGCUCUACUCACCAGUGAUAAUGUCAAGGAAAUUGAGAGCUUGUUAACCAAUGCCAACAGCUUGUUGACUCCUGCCUUCGUCAACACUACCAGCGGUCUUAUCAACCAGGCUGGCCCUCUUGUCUCAGAGGCUAGUGAAUUGCUUGGUGGUGGUAAUGUCAAGGAGAUCGAAAAUCUCGUCUCCAAUGCUAAUACUUUGUUGACGCCAUCGUUUAUCAAGGAGACUAGCAACCUUAUCAACAGCGCUGGCCCUAUCAUCCAGGAAGCUGGCCAGCUUCUUGGAGGUAACAAUGUUAAGGAGAUUGAGAGCUUAAUCAGCAAUGCGAACACCUUGUUGACGCCUUCUUUCAUUAACACUACGAGCGGCCUCAUCAACCAAGCCGGCCCUCUGGUCUCGGAGGCCAGUGAAUUGCUUGGCAAUGGUAAUGUGAAGGAGAUUGAAAGUCUGCUCUCCAAUGCCAAUGACUUGCUUACUCCAGCCUUCGUCAAGGCGACAGCAAACCUUAUCAGCCAAGCUGGUCCUCUCAUCACUGAAGCCAGUGAGCUCCUUGGAGGUAACGCUGUUGAAGAAAUCCAGUGGCUCGUUACUAACGCCACCUCGCUAUUGACACCGCGGUUCGUCAACGAGACCUCUGGCCUUAUAAACGACGUCAAUGGCCUGUUGUCUCCUUCCCUCCUCAGCAUGAUUGAUGAUCUUGUGAAGACCAUCAUUCCUCUUGAGCCUUCAUUAAAGGGACUGUUGACCAAGACCACGGUCGAUGACCUCGGAUCUAUUGUUACAAACGCCAACGAUCUGCUUACUCACCAAUUCGUGAACGAGACGACAACUCUGAUAUCUGAUGUUAGUGAAUUCUUACCUCUACUUCAGAGUUUGUUGAACGCCUUGUAA